AUGAGCUGCAAUGGAUGCCGUGUUCUCCGUAAGGGCUGUAGCGAGACCUGUAUUCUACGGCCCUGCCUGCAGUGGAUCGAGAGCCCUCAGGCCCAAGGCCACGCCACCGUAUUCGUCGCCAAGUUCUUCGGCCGUGCUGGCCUCAUGUCCUUCAUCUCCGCCGUGCCGGAAAACCAACAGCCUGCUCUCUUCCAGUCGCUGCUGUUCGAGGCCGCCGGGAGGACGGUGAACCCUGUGAGCGGCGCCGUGGGCCUCCUCUGGACCGGGAACUGGCACGUCUGCCAGGCGGCGGUGGAGACAGUCCUCCGAGGCGGCGUGCUGAAGCCGAUCCCGGAUCUCGUCGGCGGAAGGUCGCCGGACCUCCACGACUCCUCAGACUGCACGGAGAUGUUCCGGACCUAUGAUUCCGCCUCGCCCAGGCACAAGCGGCGCCGUUCGCCCGACGAGCCGCCGGCUAGGGUCCCGCAGCUUGCCGAUCUCGGUCUGAGCUUGAUGCCUGGAUAUUUGGGGAAGAAAAGCGACGGCCGCCCUAAUCCGGACGACUCACGGCGGCUGGGUAGCCCAUCGAUGAAUUCAGAGGAGUCUCUGACGACGACGUGCGGUGAUCUGCCUGCCGAAGAGAUAAAGCUAUUGAACCUGUUUAGUUAA